CCCGGGGCAGGCAUGGGCCAGGCGGCCCAGACAGGGCACCAGGGGCCGCCAGUUUUUAGACGAUCGUCACCGUCACCGUCGAAAAUCUCGGGCGUCGGUGUCAGUAUCGGUCGGUACGACACCGCAGACUCGGAGAACAGUAAAUAAUCGAGGAUGGCCAAGAGCGUGGCAGCGGUAGAAUCGGAAGACGAUAAUGCUUCGUGCUACGAAACGGUGAAUGAGAACGGGCUGGCAGUAACGUUGCGCAGAGAAACGGAAUGCUAUCGUUUCAGAUCGUUCGACUUAUUUUACUAUUUGAUCUCUAUCAGUUUCUUUUUCAUCGAUAUAGCAACAGACAGUAUCGUGUUCGUAGCGUACUUUUUCCAAGGUCAGUUCGUUUGGGGAUCCUUCGCCUUGAGUUUUACCAUUAUACCCGCUGCCGUUAUUCAGAUGUUCAGUUUAAGAUGGCAUCACAACGACGGUUCUAUAAAGAACGUGCAUUGGUUGUUGCACUUUUUAUUUUUAGGAGUAUUAUACAGGUAUUUAACAUUACUUUACUCGACGAUACAUUCGUUGAGGAGCAAACGAUUCGUCAAGGACAAAGAUUGGGUGUACAGGCAGGAGAGCGACGUGUGCAUGUUGCAUUUAUUCGAAUCGUUCCUGGGGGCUGCUCCACAGUUAACGUUACAACUAUACGUGAUGGCAGUCUUACAGCGUAUACCAGUAUGGACAAGUCUGUCCGCCGUGGUCGCGUUCUGCUCGUUGAGCUGGGCCAUCGGGACUUACACGAAGGCUACGCAGAAGAUAAAUCCUGGCCGUAACGGCGAAUCGACGUGGAUGGUACUCGGUCUUCAAGCUGUUUGGAGAGCCGGAACGCUCACGUCCAGAAUAGCCGUAUUGGUGUUAACGGCGAUUUCCUUGCGGGAGUGGUCGUUAUUGUUUCUGGGUAAGUGUGGUACGCGCGUGCGGCUCCUUCGCUCCCGCCACUCCUCGCUGUCCUUUGCCCGACCAGCCAAGACUAUAUCUCGACUCGUUGCAGGACUUCACUGGCUCUCGAUGACCGCCUGGGUGAUCCUUCACAACGAGGACACGGAGUUUUGUCCGAGCUCGUGGGAGGAACGCGUUUACAACUGCAUCGUGGGCUUUAUCUAUUGUUUCGACUUUUUUAAUUUACGCGUAGCGAGAUCCCGUCACAAAAUACUCCUCUUUUACUCGGUGAUCGUGACCGAGAACAUAGCUUCUUUGACCGUUUACGUGUUACGGUUCAAAGGCGCGAUCAGAGUGAAAGAUCUGGCGAUGACGACGGGACUGAUAGCCGGCGGUAUGACCAUCGGAUUGACCAGUAUGCUCUUCUACUACGCCAAGUUUCAUUCGUCCAAGAGCAUCGCCGACGAAGGGAUGGCGAGGAGAUCCACCGAGACCGUGAUCAGCGACGCGCCCGUCGUCGCCCCCGAAACGGUCGAACGUUCCGUCGACACGGCCGAUGCGCACGGUUCCGUUUUCGAGGACGCGGCGGCGGCGGCGACGGCGGCGGCGACCGACGAGAAAUUCUUGUCGACCAGCGAGAUCGGCCGAAUUCCCGAGUACGCGGACACCGGUGUAGUCAGUCGAACUCGUCGAAUCGAAGACGAACGAGCAUCGUCGACGCUGGCGCCGACGACGACUACGGCUGCGACGACCACGUCCGUUCGAAUCGUCUCGGAGCGCGUCGUCGAGUCGGCGCAAAGCAACGCGAGAGAUGAAAACGCGCCGUCGCUGCGCGGUCUACCGUCGGACGACGGCCGCGAGUACGCCGAAGCGGCGAAAGACGAACGCACCGACGGCGGUGAGAAGGACGUCGUUCGUCGUCCGAAACCGAUGACGGACGACGAGGACGAAGAAGGCGCAACGACGGCGAGGCCGAAACGCGAUUGCUCGCCGUCGCAAAAGAGACGAGCCAUCUGUUUUUCUAGUCACCUGAUUCUCGAGAUGGAAGACGAUCGAAGCGAUCGUCCUAUCGCCCCGACGACGGCGUCCACCAACGUGACGGCGACGUCGGCAGGUGAAGCGAAGAACGCGGCGACGCGCGAGGAGUCGGAAUCGGAAUCGGAGGAACGUUUCGUCGGCGAUCGGAAGAUUUUAAAAGCGUUCAACGACGUCGCGUCGGCGGGAACAGGAGAGUCGAAGUCUCGGAUGAUCUUCAACGAUUCGUACGACACCGUCGGGAACAUGGACAGCUGCGAAACGGACGGAUCGUCGAAAGAAUCGCAGCAGAGGGACGAGACGAUGAGCUGCGUCGCUUCGAUCCACGACUACGAGAACGUCUGCCCGCUCGGCGUGGCCAGACCGCCGUGGUGUAUCCGCAGCUGGAAAGGAUACACGGACAUAGAAACGUACAUACACGACGAUAGCGUGAUCAGGGACAGGCGUAGGGACACGUUGACGAGCACGACGACCGGCACCAGUUGCAGCUACGGUUCGGAAUUCUCCGACGCGACGUGCGUCAGUGGUUCGAUGUUCAAGGGGAUAGUAACCAAACAACUGCUGCAACAGCAGCAGCAGCAGCAACAGGAUUAUCUCGAGGCGCUCGCUUACGAUCCGAUCGACCCUCGGGAAUUGCAGAGGACAAGGACAAGGUCGGCCGCGAUGUACGACGACCACGACGACGCUCGACGAAGAGGAAUCUCUGGCGAAGCGGAAGAACGAAGAUCCGGCCGAUACGUCGCGAGGCCGGUGACGAUGGACACGACAGCGGGAACGGACGUCGCGUUGGACACCAUCGUCGAAGAGCGCGACGCCGAAGUUUUGCCGGAGAGUAAAUACGAACGGGCGGACGAUGCCCGGAAGAGAAACGAUCACGAUUCGGUGAGCACGCUGGUCAGCACGAUCGAUCAGAUCAGAAAGUACACGGUGGAAAAUUCGCCGAGACACGUGUAUUACACCACGGGUAGCCAGUGGGAGGAUUUCGACGCGAAGAGUCUGACAGAGAGAAGAACGCGGCCGACGAAAGCAGCGGCGGUUCUCUUCGAGAACGAAGAGAACGAAUUUGCGGAUGUCGGCGGUACGCGAGCGUACGCGGUUCGUCGCGCGAUGCCCGGCAAUUUCGUAGAAUCGGAGAAAUCUCGGACUCGAGAGAAGCGCGAGAUAGACGCGAUCAAGGAUUUCGUGAAAUACUGCGCGGUGGAAUCGAUCGAGAAGACACCGUUGAUCGACGCGAUACUUUCGGAUUCACCGAUUCUAGGAACCGACAAAACGAAGCUACGACCGGCGAAGAAGCGGGUUCUCGUUCCAGCGGCGCCGCUGUCGCCGCUGUCGCCGCAGCCCGUUUCCAAGGACAACGAUCUUUACGUCGAGAUGAAUCCUUUGGUGUCCGUUGAAAACGUUAUGAUCGUACGGGACGAUUUGUCGGAAACGGCUAAUGCCGAAGGAAACGCGGGCCAGUCGAGCCACGUCGUCCCGACGACCAAGGAUUCCACGAGCACGUUCACGUCGAACGCGAAUUUUGAUCGCGGGACAGAACAACCGGAAAAACGCGUAAAAAAACAGCCGGAUUGUUCGAGGCGAAGAUUCUGUUUGCUGAAAGAAAAAUUCGAAUCCAAGUCGCAGCUAGUUUACGUCGUGACUCCGAAGAACGCGGUGAAAGCCGAACGACGAUCGCAGGAGCCGAGUAGCAAGUGCGGCGCGUCCAGGGAGGACGUCGUCUUCGCUGAUCCGAACAAGUGUCGAUCCGAACGUACGAGGCGCGAUAAAGAGAAUCUGGCGCCUGUCGCCUCUCCCAGAACGAACGCGAACGACGGAUCUCGCUCGAUUCGUCGAGACUUACGCUCGAAACGUGGCAACGACGAAUCUUCGCGUGACAUCGGAACCUGUUUCAACUCGAAGGAAAAAAGACAUUUGUUUCUAGGACAAGUUUUAUCGCCCCCUAAACUGUUGAUCUGGAAGAGGCGAGGCGGCAGCGCGGCUAUCGUGAAAAACGUUUGAUUAAACCAUCCAUGUCGGAUCUUCAGAUUUUAGAGAACCUGCCGCCUUGUUCCACAGGAGACAAUACUAUUUACGUACAUACGCGUCUGUACGUAUCCGUAUGUUCAUAAACAUUUUAAGACAUCGUCGUUGUCCCUCGUGUCCAGAAUCGGGGACCAUGUUUUUCUACUUGUUUUACAGGGAACAACGGGAAAGUCGUGUCUUCUAUCCAUUUUAUUAAGUACGUGGACCAACUGUCUAUCUGAUCGUUGCCAAGUGCCAAGUAAAAAUUACAUCUUACGAUACUGUAAAUCUGCGAUAAUUAUACGUACGAAAAUUAUUUUCAUACACACCAAUGUUACGUCGCGAUAAGAAGAUUCUUUCGGAAAGGAAGAAGCUUAUUAAAAACUCGUAAAUCUAUCCUGAAA